AUGCCUGUUUACAAGAAAAAACUUAUAAAUACAACACAACAACUUGAAUUAAUUGACUCCGAACAUCAAAAAGAUCAACAAGUCUGGUUGAUUCCUUAUACUGGUCAAAUAUUUUUAAAUUAUAGCGAAUAUUUGAAUAAUACCGCUUUAUACAACCAGCCAUUAUGGCAAUGUGCAGUAACAGGGAAAUUAAAUCUUACAUAUGCUGACGCACUUGAAAGUGAACAGAAACAUCGUGAACAGUUGGAUGAAAAGUUUCCAGAAGGAUUAAAAAAACCAAUUUUAAAAAUAGUUCAAUUCAGUCUUGAGCGUUUGGAUGAUUUGGUUACAACAAUAUAUGAGAGUUUUAAAAAUCGUUAUACCGUAGGAGAAAUCGUUAAUGUAGUUAUUGAUGAGAAAAAUAAAGCAAAAAUCGUUGAUAUAAUUACUGCUAACUCUAUUAAUGAAUCAGAUUCAAGUAAUUCCAAAUCUUAUAAAGAUUCGUCACUAAGUUCUAUUUACCAUGUUCAAUUGUUGGACAAGCAACAAAAUAAAGGUGGUAAUAAAAUCAAGACUAUUGUUGGAAGUAAAGCAUUAAGUCGUGAAAAUUUAGCAUUUACAAAAACAAUUAUACGUAAAUUCAUUAAGGGAUCCACGACGAGAGAAACUUAUCUUCAUGCACCAUGGGUGAUUAAACCCAAGAUUGCAAAAAAAUAUAAUAUACCAAUUAAAUUACCAGAUGAUUUACAACGAGCUAAAGAUGCUGCUUUAGAAAAGAGUCGCAAAAGAAAGGGAAAAUCAACGUCUAGUAGCAAUCCUUCAAAAAAAGCAAAACCUAAUUCGAAAUCAAACAAUUCACAUACUUCAUCUAAAUCCACUAACAAAAUAGUUAAAUAUCCAAUCGAAGAUCUCGCGGUUCCUCUUGAUGCGAGUCUUCUUCCAGAAAAACCAAAUAUUCAAAUUGAUCUCAGAAUGUCUCAUGAAUCUGUUGGAGCCUUUUUAAGCGUAUGGAAUUUCUUUAAUAUAUUUGGAAAAUCCAUUGGGAUUUCAUUUUUUAAUCUAGAUGACUUUGAAUUAGCAUUAUUAUAUGACAAAGUACAACCAAAAUGUUUUCUUAUAGUUGAGUUACAUGUGGCAUUGUUAAAUGCCAUUAUUAAAGAUCGUUUGCAAUCUAAAGGCAAAAAAACUUCUCGUGGUCCCACAUUAAAAUCAACCGGAUCAUCAACUGGUACAGGAACAGAUACUGAUUCAGUAGAAAUGAAAGAUGCUGAUGAUGUUAGAGAAUUAUCUGAUACUUCAAUUGAAAUUCUUGAUAAAUUAGGAAGAAAUUGGGACAAAAGAUUAAUACCUUUAACACAAGGAAGGAAUAAAUGGGAAAAUAUUCUUGUUGGGUUUCUUUAUGAUAUGGGAACUUAUGAAAUAUUUCCAGAUUUGGAUAAAAUAUUUUUAGAAUUAGUUGAAAAUGUAAAUGGGGACAUAGAAGAGAAUUACAUGAAACUUGAUAUUGAUUCCAAGUUAAAAAUUUUGAAUUUUUUGGUUAAUAUAAUCACAAAAACAUCAAUUGUUCAUGAGCACAUUGAAAAUUCUGUUGAAAAGUUAUCUGAUUUGAAUAAAGAAAAAAAUGAAAUAUCAAGAGAAAGGAGACAAACCUCGUCUUCCAUCACUCAACUUGAACAAGGAAUCAUGCCAGCAAUUAUAAAAACAAUUCAGACAUUAAACACUGAAAAAAAUGCGAAAGGAAAAAAUUAUGAUGAGGCUUUGAUACUAAAACAACUUAGAGAUGAUGAAAUGUCAUUACAAAGAAGGGAAGAACAAAUUGAUAAAGACAAGAAAAAAUAUGCAUUUCCACGUACUAUACCUUUAGGGUAUGACAGAUUUUAUAAUAAAUAUUUUUACUUUGAUGGAAUAGGCAUGGCUGUUGGAGAAAAAUAUGGUACGGGUAGGAUUUGGGUACAAGCUCCCCAGGAACAUGAUUUGAAAAUGUUAACUGCCAACGAACAACAACAUUAUUAUAAAAGAAAAAAAGUUGAAGAUCCUGAUAUGAAUUUUGGACAAUGGAGUUGUUAUGAAGAUGUGAAUGAUAUUGAUCAAUUAAUGAAAUGGUUUAAUUCAAACGGUAACAGAGAAUCAGUAUUAAAAAAUGAAUUUUUAGACCGUUAUCAAGAACUUUCGACUUGUUUGGUGAAAAGACAACAGGAUUUGGCCAUUGCAGCACAUAUGACAAAUGAAGUUAGAAGAAGUAAACGAUUACAAGUUGCUAAUGCUACUGCAGUACUUUCUUCACAGUCAUAUAUGAAAUGGACAAACAAAUUGGCCAAAUAA